UAAACCGCCGAGCUGCCACAACUGCUUCAAGCUAUACAUCUCUAAAAACGCGUACAUUUUUGUUGCAAUCAGCAACUUCAGUCGCAGCUCGGGUUUCCCUCCAUGGAUAUGGUUGCAAGCGAACCAUAUCCCGCCAACUCAAUAUGCCGCCUUUGUCUGAUGUACCUGGACCAGAGCCCCGCCCACGAUCUCUAUCUGGAGCCAGAUCUGGCCAAAAAGCUAACCCUCUGCACCACCCUCGAUGUGGAUCAGCAGGAUGGCUUUCCCCGGAGAAUCUGCCAUGGAUGCUUUGGGAAAUUGAACGAGUUGCAAGAGUUUCAAAAACUAUGCCUGGACUCUGUGCAGCGAUUCAAGGAAAUGGUGGCCGCCAACAGAAUCAUCACCAUCGAAUUGUUGGAGCCGGUGGCGGAACAGGCAGCGGAAGUGAUUGUAGGGCCGGAGGAGCAGGCUAGCUAUGAUCCACUGCUAAAUCAUAAGCUGGAGAUUAUUGAGAACGAGGAGGAGGUUUUCAAGAUGCUGGUGACUGUGGACAAGAACGUUUUCUCCGACUACACAUCCGAUGAGGAGCCGGAAGAUGGCGAAGAGAAGAGCUCCACUGAUGACGAACUUCCAUUGGCCCGUCGUUUGCUGGGAGAGGGAGAGGAGACGGCCAAUGAACGGGCAAAGCGAAAAAAGAUUCCACCUGCCGAGCGUCGCCUCCGUCGUAUCAUCCCCUGCACCAUUUGCCCGCAAAAGUUCAAAAAGCAAUCGAAAUUCGACGAGCACAUGAAGUAUCACAACGACCUCCUGCCCUUCCAGUGCACAGAGGAGACCUGCCGAAAAGGAUUCACCACAGCCGGCGCACUGCGUCUCCAUGUGGACUAUGCGCACACUAGGAAAGCGGAUGAGAUACCCUGCACCGUGGAAGGGUGCAAGUUUCUGUUUCCCCGGCUGCGGCUGCUCACCAUUCACUUGAAGAAGGUCCACAACCAGACUCGGGUGAGUGCUCCGCGAGCGGAGCAGCCGUGCGGCGAGUGUGGCAUGGUCUUCCGCUGUCAGGUGGCCCUCAAGAAGCACAUGUACAAGCACACCGGCGAGAAGUUGCCCUACCCUUGCAACAUCUGCGGCAAGGGAUUCCACAUCAACAGCGCUCUCAAGAACCAUCUACUGCGGCAUGCGGGCAUCAAGAACUACGUCUGUCCGUACUGCGGCGUGGGCAAGACGACACGACAGGAGUGGAGCAAGCACAUGCUGACACACACCCAGGAAAAGCAGUUCAAGUGUGCCACCUGCGACCAUGCCACGCACACAAAGCGUGCGCUCGACAAUCAUGUGAAGAUCGUCCACGAGAAGGUCCGAAACUUUGCCUGCCAGUACUGCGGGAAGACGUUCGGCAAGUCGCACGCCUGCAAAAUCCAUGAGAUGACACACACGGGGGAGAAGCGGUGUGAGUGCAAGGUCUGCGGAAAGAAGUUCCUGUACACCGAGAGCCUCACAAAGCACCUGAAGAUACACGAGAAGAGCGUGGAGCGAGCCCUGGAGACGUAUCGUCAGCGGCAGGGAGAGACCUCUGCCGACCAGGACCAGGCCCAAGUGGAUGCCAAUCACCUGAUGAAAGUCUGCGCGGAAUCGGUGGCCACAAUCCCUCGGGAUCCGCGACGCGUUGAACGUGUUGAUAUGGCCCAAUUAGCGGGCACAGUGGUUAAUCCCAUCCCCAGCGUAUCGCUGCCCUCCAGUGCGCCGCCCCAGGCAAAGUUUGUCCAGAAGGAGGGCAUGCAUCUGUGCCCGGGGUGUAAUCAGGGAUUCAAUAAUCUGGGGAACAUGAAGCGACACUACAAGAGCAUCCACGAGAAGGUCAAGGACUUCGAGUGCCGCUUCUGUUCGCGACGCUUCGCCAACUCGCAGUCGCUCAAGCAGCACGAGUGGAUACACACGGGGGAGAAGCCCUACGCCUGCAAAACCUGUGGCACCCACUUCCGCCAGGAGGCGGCUCUCAUCCGCCACCAAAAGGUGCACGACGAAAAGCCACCCAGGCCGGCGAAACCCCCUAAGGAAAUCACAGACAAGGCACGCCAGAAGCUGCUCCAGAGGUGCGAGCGCAAGCGCAAGGUGGAGGCACUGCGUCAGGAGAUAGCCCAGGCCGCCAAGGAGGAGCUGAAGGACUUGGAAAAGCAGCGAGCCCUCGAGAAGGAGCAGAAUACCUACGAAAAGUAUCAGGCAGCUGCCGAGGCGGUGGCCACCACCCCAACUGGCAGUUGAGGUUGCCCUCCCAGAGGAGUAUAGUUAAGGCUUUUUGGUUCCAGACUGAGAAGAAAGUAUUGCUGGUUAAUAUUUAACCCAUUGUUAAGACUUGAAGCAACUUUAAGUUCAGUUUAAAAGGUGUCGGGCCGAGGGUUUAGUUUAAGCAAACACAGGAUUAAAGUUUUUCCGAUUUUUUUGUAUUUUUUA